UCUUUGAAGUUCUUUUAUAUGUUUAUAUCCAUUUUGUUUCCUUGAUCUCUUUUACUUUGUGAAGUUAGUAACUUUAUCGGAAAUUUUAUUGAAUGAAGAUGAGUUAUUCAUGUUCAACUUAGAUUAAAAAUACUGCUAACUAUUUAUAUAAUCAAGGCAUAAACUUUUCUCUUUUGCACAGAUUAUUAACACCACAUACUUAUACGUUUUCCAAGUUUUUUGUUUAUGCGAACAAACCAUAUUUUUCUCUAGGUUUUCUUUUUCUACGAGUUAGGUAAUUUAAUUUUCAUGUUACAAUUACCUCGAUGUUGAUUCUUGAGCUAUUUGCUGAUCUCUAUCAAGUUCAAAUAUUGCUACUUGUUUAUUUGCUUUGUCUCUUCCUUUCUAUCAUAUGUUCGUAUAGAUUGAAUUGCUAUGGUUGAGUCACUUAUAGUAUGUCUGAUCUUAUUUAUGCUUCUUUGGAAAAAUGUGUUUUACGGCAAGUCUCAAGGCAUAUGCUUCUGUAAUCAGAUACUGCAACAUGGAGAAUAUGAACAGCUACUGGCAAUUUGGAGAUGAGCUUCGAGGACAAUCAAAAGUCUCAGAGGAUCAUAACUGGUCAACAGCUGCUCUAAAAUUGGCUGAGCAGAUGAAGUACAAGGGUGAACGGAGGAAUAACCUUGACUUUUCAAAGAGCUCGGCUGAAAUUAGGCCCAGGGGUAAUCCUAUGUUUCAGGAAGAUAACAAGUGGGAAAGCCUUAACUUCAACAUGUUAAAUUUGGAUAACAAGAUGACUGAAAAUAUGAGCAAGAAUCGCAUUAUGGAUAGCAUGUACAAUGCAAAUCCAGUUUAUCUUAAACCCAAUUUUAACAGCUUGGGGAAUACAUCUUUAAGCAAGUUCAACGCUAGCAGCUAUACCAAGGAACAUGGCAAGAAUAACAAUAACAACACUGAGAGCACCAACGGAAAUAACUCUGUUGACAAAAGGUUUAAGACUCUGCCUGCCGCUGAGACACUGCCGAAGAAUGAGGUUCUUGGUGGAUAUAUAUUUGUUUGUAACAAUGACACACAUCAGGAAGACUUAAAGCGCCUGUUGUUCGGCCUUCCUCCUAGAUACAGAGAUUCCGUGAGGGCAAUAACGCCAGGGUUACCAUUGUUCCUAUAUAAUUACACUACUCACCAGUUGCAUGGUAUCUUUGAGGCAUCGAGUUUUGGAGGUUCCAACAUUGAUCCAACUGCGUGGGAGGAUAAAAAGUGCAAAGGAGAGUCAAGGUUCCCUGCUCAGGUGAGGAUCCGUGUCCGGAAAGUCUGUAAGCCGUUGGAGGAAGAUGCUUUAGACCAGUUUUACAUCAUUAUGAUGGCCCCAAGUUCCGCCUAGAGCUCUCUGUGCCUGAGACUUUGGACUUAAUGGAUCUCUGUGAAAAAGCUGGUGUUUAGGUGCUAUGUGCACGUGCUGGCGUCCUGUACUAAUAAGCAUAAAGGAAUUGUAGGCUAUGUGAAUGUUAUAGUUUUGUGGUGCAUGUCAGCAGUGUGCUGUCCGUGGAUUUCUCAUAGCGCAAGCUUUGGUGGGCAGGUCUGGUUGAUAGGUUGUAACUUUAGGAUUGUCUUGUGUAAGCCAAAUAAGUGCAAUGCUUAUCUCUGAUGAUAUUUGCAGCCUAGCUUCACAAAUUUAGCUAUGUAAUCUUACAGUGAACUUGAGAUAAGUAAGCUGAUUAUGUAAUGGGUCAAGAUCGGAUGUGUUCCUGUAUCUGCAGAGGAACUCUGCUUCAUCCGAUUUGUACCACGCGAAUUCCUAAUAUUUAUUUGCUUUUAAGGAAUGCCAGUGUGUAUCCGCCGCCAAGGAAUUUGGUGUGGCUUUGUCAUAAAAAUAUCUGGUUGAUGGUGAAA